AUGGCGGUUGGGGGACAGGGGAGGAAGAAAGGAAACAGGUUCUUUCUGCAUCUAGGCCAUUGGGAAGAAUGGCAGAAAGAGGAAAGAAAGGAAGAGCAGGAGGUUUUGAAGGUUCUGUGGGGAAGACUGGACAUCCUAGUACACGCAACGCUGACAAUUCAGGUCUGCAGCUCAGCGGAGUCCGGGCAGGAGGCGGCGAUUUGGGUGUCACCCGCACAGAGAUCCUGGCGGGGGCCAGUAGCUGGGAGAGCGCGGUGGCAUCUCAGCGCGUUUGAAUCCCAGCAGUCCCCGGCCAGAGCUGAGGCUGAGCUGCCUCCUGAUGUACACUUUUCACCUGGCUGGCCCCCAACAACCAGGAAGAGGGGGAUUCCCAAUUUCUAUUCUGCCCCAAGGCACCGGACUCAGGGAACCGAGGACGCACUAGAUUCCCCGCUACUGACCGCUGCCCCUCGGCGGCCCAAAGGGCGCCUCCACCGGCCGAGCGCGCGCUCUCAGGGCGCAGGCGCGCAGGCGCGGCGUCGCCUAGCAACGAGGGCCAACACAGAGCAGGAGGCGCGCGCCGGCGGCGACCAGAAGCGGCUCGGCGGGACUUGGCGGCAGGUAAAGCAGACCCCGGCUGCAGGCCUACCCCCGCGGGUUGGAGAGGCUCAGCGCAGAGGCCCGAGCAAAACUUGGGCAAGGAGAAGAAUGGGUAAAAAGAUAAAGAAGGAAGUAGAACCUCCUCCUGAGGAUGUGUUUGAUGCAGUAACAAUUGAAAGCAAAAAAGCAGCAACCGUGGUAUUAAUGCUUAAUUCUCCAGAAGAAGAAAUUUUGGCUAAAGCCUGUGAAGCCAUUUAUAAAUUUGCUUUAAAAGGUGAGGAAAAUAAAGCAACCAUCCUUGAACUUGGAGCUGUGGAGCCUUUAACGAAACUGCUCACCCAUGAAGAUAAAAUUGUAAGAAGAAAUGCCACUAUGAUACUUGGAAUCCUGGCGUCUAAUAAUGAUGUUAAAAAAUCGUUAAGGGAGUUAGAUGUCAUGAAUUCUGUUAUCUCCCAGCUCGCUCCAGAAGAAGAAGCAGUUAUCCAUGAGUUCGCUAGUCUUUGUCUAGCAAACAUGUCUGCUGAGUAUACCAGUAAAGUGCAAAUAUUUGAACAUGGUGGAUUAGAGCCCCUCAUCAGACUCCUGAGUAGCCCAGACCCUGAUGUCAAGAAGAAUUCUAUUGAAUGCAUUUACAAUUUGGUACAGGAUUUUCAGUGUCGAACUACACUUCAAGAACUAAAUGCAAUCCCUCCUAUAUUAGAUCUCUUGAAGUCAGAAUUUCCAGUUAUUCAGUUGUUGGCUCUCAAAACCUUAGGUGUUAUUACAAAUGAUAAGGAAUCCCGAGUAAUGCUAAGAGACAAUCAAGGAUUGGACCACCUUAUUAAAAUCCUAGAAACUAAG